AUAUCUUCCUGGACCCAACCACCCUUGUGAAAAACGAUAAGAUUCUUGUGCCUAACAACCACUCUGUUCUUUCCACAACCACUGCUUUGCCUAAAUAAGAAAUACUACUUUCUCAUCUUCCAAUAAACUCCUUCCAUCUCUACACCAAAUUGUAUCUUCUUUACAAUUAAAUAAUCAUAUCAUAUUUCAUCACUAACACACACACACACACAAAGUGUACUGCACCAACAGACAUGACUGAACUGAAAGAGGAUCAAGAAGAUCAGAAUCAGCAGCCACAAAAGCGGCUCUGUGAUUUUUGUGGUGAAAAUACUGCACUUUUGUACUGCAGAGCAGAUUCUGCUAAGCUUUGUUUUAGCUGUGACCGUGAAGUUCAUUCCACUAAUCAGCUUUUCACUAAGCAUACACGUUGGUUACUCUGUGAUUCUUGUGAUUCAUCUCCAGCUUCUAUUUUGUGUUGUACGGACAGUUGUGUUUUCUGUCAGAACUGUGAUUGGGAAUCUCAUAAUCUGUCUCUUUCACCUGCUCAUGAAAGGAGGCCACUUGAAGGUUUUACUGGGUGUCCUUCUGUAUCUGAAUUGUUGUCCAUUCUUGGAUUUGAAGAUUUGGGGAAGAAAGCUCUUUUGUAUGGUGACUCUGUUACUUCAGAUGGAGGAGGCUAUGGCUUUUCUGAUUGGCUUGUUUGGGAUACUCCUUCUGUUGUUAGUCUUGAUGAUUUGAUUGCUCCUAAUGAUUCUGGACAUAAUUUUCAAGCUAUUGGGGUUCCUCCUCUGCCCAAGAACCGAAAUGCUGCAUGUGGGAAACACAAGGAAGAAAUACUUUGUCAGCUUCGUGAACUAUCGAAGUUGGAACCAAAUUCUAGUGAUGAUCAAGAUGAUAUUGUAGCAUUUCAGUUCAUGGAACCUGCCCAAAAUCGUCAAUUGGGAUUUAAAGGUUCAGGAUUUAUGCAGAAUUCAGAGCACGCUGUAGUUCCUUCAUCUGAGGGAAGUGCCUUUAAUUGGUGCAGUGAUACUGGCAAAUUCACAGAUCAAGGCUUUUCUUCUUCUUUAGCAGAUUGCUUCAUUGAGACAAAGUGUUUACUUCCCGACAGAGAUUCCGAUGUUGGUGAUGCUUCUGGGGGAGCAAAUGAAGAACAAUCUCAUAAUCCUCCCAUUGCCGAUACAUUCCAAAUGGUACCUAAAGUUGCUCAUCGUGAGUUAAACAGCCAAGAAAGAGAAACUGCUGUCUCACGGUACAAGGAGAAAAAGAAAACAAGGAGAUAUGAGAAGCACAUUAGGUACGUGUCGAGGAAGGUUCGGGCAGAAAGUAGGACAAGAAUCAAGGGGCGUUUUGCCAAGAUGGACAUGCAUCAGUAAUGUCAAAGGUUCUUUUUCCAAAUAAGGUUGCGGAAGCAAACAAUCCAGGACAUUCUGCUGGAUCAUUGGUAUACCGUAAUGAAGGUUUUGUUAGUUUGUUUCUGUGGCAUUGUUCAAAUCUUUUAUCAGUUCUCCGCUUCUAUAGAGGCAAAAGGGAAUCCUUUCUUUCAGCAUGUACCUGUAGUAAUUUGUAAAGAUAAAAGUUGAUAAGUCAUGUAGCUAGCUGUGUUAAUAGAAGAAAGAGAUGAGAGUGAGAUUUAGUAUAGAUGUUUUAUCUAUAGCUUUCUGUGGUAUGUAGGCUUUUACUGCUCAGCUCAUACCUCAUUGACACAUCUAAUCAAAUUAGUCCACUUCUGCAUUCUGUGUUUUUAA